UUUUAACAAUCCUUUCCUUGUUCGUAAGCCUGAGUGACAAGAAAGUAUCUAUAUGGAAUAGGAAUAUUUUCAGUUUUCUCUUUUUAUCUGACUGAGUCUUUUUUUAAGAGGGUAGGAGUGGUCCUUAUUUCAGAAAAGGGCGUUUCAAUUUGAAAGACAGUCUCUUAAAAUAUAUUUACACCCACACGUAUUUAGAAAGAGAGUACCUUUCGGAGGUGGAAAUCCUAUGAGAAAGAUGGAAAAAGGAGCCAGGCACCGAAACAACACUGAAAAGAACCACCCAGGUGGGAGCGAGUCGGAGGCCAGCCCCGAGUCUGGUUCCGGAGGGGGCGGAGUAGCCCUGAAGAAAGAGAUUGGAUUGGUCAGUGCUUGUGGUAUCAUUGUAGGGAACAUCAUUGGCUCUGGAAUCUUCGUCUCGCCGAAAGGUGUGCUGGAGAACGCUGGCUCUGUGGGCCUCGCUCUCAUUGUCUGGAUUGUGACUGGUCUCAUCACAGCUGUGGGAGCCCUGUGCUAUGCUGAGCUUGGGGUCACCAUCCCCAAAUCUGGAGGUGAUUACUCCUACGUCAAGGACAUCUUUGGAGGACUGGCUGGGUUCCUGAGGCUGUGGAUUGCGGUGCUGGUGAUCUACCCCACCAACCAGGCUGUUAUCGCCCUCACCUUCUCCAACUAUGUGCUGCAGCCGCUCUUCCCCACCUGCUUCCCCCCAGAGUCUGGCCUUCGACUCCUGGCUGCCAUCUGCUUAUUGCUCCUCACAUGGGUCAACUGUGCCAGUGUGCGGUGGGCCACCCGGGUUCAAGACAUUUUCACAGCUGGGAAGCUCCUGGCCCUGGCCCUGAUCAUCAUCAUGGGAGUUGUCCAGAUCUGCAAAGGAGAGUAUUUCUGGCUGGAACCAAAGAACGCAUUUGAGAAUUUCCAAGAACCUGACAUCGGCCUUAUCGCACUGGCUUUCCUUCAGGGCUCCUUUGCCUACGGAGGCUGGAACUUUCUUAAUUACGUGACUGAGGAACUUGUUGAUCCCUACAAGAACCUUCCCAGAGCCAUCUUCAUCUCCAUCCCACUGGUCACAUUUGUGUAUGUCUUUGCCAAUGUCGCUUAUGUCACUGCAAUGUCCCCCCAGGAGCUGCUGGCUUCAAACGCAGUCGCUGUGACAUUCGGAGAGAAGCUCCUAGGGGUCAUGGCCUGGAUCAUGCCCAUUUCCGUUGCCCUGUCCACAUUUGGAGGAGUUAAUGGGUCUCUCUUCACCUCUUCCCGGCUGUUCUUUGCUGGAGCCAGGGAAGGCCACCUUCCCAGCGUGUUGGCCAUGAUCCACGUGAAGCGCUGCACCCCAAUCCCAGCCUUGCUCUUCACAUGCAUCUCAACCCUGCUGAUGCUGGUCACCAGCGACAUGUACACACUCAUUAACUACGUGGGCUUCAUCAACUACCUCUUCUAUGGAGUCACAAUUGCUGGACAGAUAGUUCUUCGCUGGAAGAAGCCUGAUAUCCCCCGCCCUAUCAAGAUCAACCUGCUGUUCCCCAUCAUCUACUUGCUGUUCUGGGCCUUCCUGCUGAUCUUUAGCCUGUGGUCAGAGCCCGUGGUGUGUGGCAUUGGCCUGGCCAUCAUGCUGACAGGAGUGCCCGUCUAUUUCCUGGGUGUUUACUGGCAACACAAGCCCAAGUGUUUCAAUAACUUCAUUGAGUCGCUAACCCUGGUGAGCCAGAAGAUGUGUGUGGUUGUGUACCCCGAGAUGGAAGCAGGCUUGGGGAAAGAGGAGAUAAAUGGGGACACAGAGGAGCAGCGGCGGCCCAUCUACCAAUCCACUGCCUCCAAGGACAAGGACUCGGAGCAGCCCCAGCCCUGAGGACCACCAUCCCCUCUCAGCUGGCUCCUUCCUCCUAUACCCUCUUUUUGCCCUCCUUCCCUGCCUGGGUCUCCCCAACACACACACACACACACACACACACACACACACACCCUCUCCU